GCACACAGGGAGGGUGGAGGCUGGCGAUGGGGGUGGUCGUUGGCCGGGUGACAACCCCGUGACAGAGGGAGAGCGGGAGGGGGUCGACUAGCGACAGGAUGCAGGUGCGCGGAUGUGUUGGGAGGGGUGGAGGAUGAAGAGGUGAGGGGCAGAAUGAGAGGAGACAGCGAGCGCAAACGCGGGAACACAGUUUCCAGCAAGAGCGCGAGUGUGUGAGGUCGAGUUUCGCCACAGCCAGCACCAUCGACUGGCGUUGGAGUAAAAGCGAUUUAGAAGCCACGAAAGUGUUGUGUUGUGGAAAGAUUGAGGGAAGAGUACCGCAUCUUACCCUGUUACAAUUACACUCACGUUCCAGAGGUGAAGCGACGAACUACAGCCCAGCUGCGCACAACAUAACUCAAUACGCACGCGCAUAGUCAGACUGUCAACGUCAAGCACGCGAUGUCAGCUCAGAAACGCAAGCGAACCGACUUUACGCUGAAGGAGAAAAAGGAGAUCAUCGAUGCCGCGAAGAAGGAGCCGAAUCAGUCCAAGUUGGCCAGGGAGAUAAGCAAGAAAUGGGGCGUCGAAGUUAAGAGAACCACUGUGAAGGGCAUUCUCAGCAAGAAGGAUGCAAUCGAGGCUGCAAUCAAAGCUGGAGUUCCAUCGAAACGCAGGAAGUUGACGCAGGCUCACGACCCGAAGCUUGAUGAGGGAGUGCUCAUGUGGCUGAAGCAAGCAAGAGGACAGAAUCUGCCUGUCAGCGGCGGUCUGAUCAAGGAGAAGGCGAUGAAAUUGGCCGAGCUGAUGCACAUUCCGGACUUCAUGGCAAGCGACGGUUGGUUGGACAAUUUCAAGAAGCGCCACGGCAUCAUGUUCAAGACAGUGCAGGGCGAAGCUGGAGCGGUGGAUUCGCGAUCCUUUCUUGAGUGGCAACAACAGGUUCUCCGACCCUUACUAAGGCAGUUCUCUGCAGACGACGUCUUCAACCUGGUCGAGACUGGACUCUUCUGGCAGCUGCUUCCGAACAAGACUAUGGCUUCCAGGGGAGAGAAGUGUACAGGAGGAAAGAAAAGCAAGCAAAGGUUUACUCUUCUAGUUGGGGCAAACAUGAGCGGUAGCGAGAAGUUCCCUCUUCUGGUGAUUGGCAGUUCCAAGAGACCCUGUGCCUUCAAGAACAAGGAGAUCCCGGUCGAGUACAAGGCCAACUCGAAGGCAUGGAUGACGGCUAAGCUUUUCGAGGAGACGUUGCGUGCGUGGGACGGACGACUCAGCCAACAGGGACGCAGAGUGAUGGUUUGUCUCAAUAACUUCUCUGGCCACCCUCCCGAUCUCCAGCUGAACAACAUCCAACUGGUGUUUUUCCCACCCAACACGACAGCCAAUUCGCAACCAAUGGAUCAAGGAAUCAUAGAGAACCUCAAGCGCCACUACAAGAAGCUCCUGCUUUGCCGCCGACUUGAGGCCUUGGAAGAGGGAAAGGAGUUCAAGUUCCCGUUGCUCGACGCUCUUCACAUUGCCCGGCAUGCUUGGGAGCAGGUCGGCAAGUCGACGAUCAGGAACUGUUUCGUGAAGGCCAAAUUCAUCGAAGAGGAGAUCCAGACAGAGGCACAGGAUGUAGAGCUGCUCGAGAUCUGGGAAGCUCUGCCUGCCGAGGAAAAGCUGCACGAGAACAAGGAAAUCGAGCUGUCUGACUUUCUCAAAGCUGACGAGAGCCUCGCAACUGGCGGGUCUUUCACGAUGGAGGAGAUUGCGGAGGAGAUGCUGUGGAGUGAGGAGCCGGUGGAAAGCGAAGAGGACGAGAUCAAGGAGGAAAUUGUUCCGAUCGAGGAAGACCAGCGCGCUUGGAGCACCGUCCGAAAGGUCUUACCACAGAGAAGCGGGAAGCCUGAUGUGAUGCAAGCGUGCAAUCAACUAGACAACGAGAUCCUCCGGAAGAACAUGCGCCAGUCGACGACUCUUGACAGCUUUGGACUGACGGGUGACUCUGAAGAAGAGCUGAAAAUUGGGAAGGUGAAGGGCUGUAAGGAUGCUGCGAUAGGAGACCCUUCACAUUGCACACCACCAGAACAUUCUGCUUCCACCGUCACAACUGUGAUAGAAGGCUCUUCACAAGAUGUACCACCAAAACAUUCUGCAUUGACUCCAGCGUCUGUUGUAAAGGCCACAACAACAACUACCGCGGUGAGCCCAGGUUUGAGCCAGAGUAAUAACUUUGCUGAAGGUGAUACAGAGUUAGUCCGGGAAACAGCUAGCAGCAGGGAAGGACAGGCAGAGAGUGAGACUAAAGCCAGUGGAUCAGAUGUAACACUGGCUUCAAAUCAGUCUGUAGGGGGUGCUUCAAACUCUUUGGAGAAUGGUUUGGUCAAGCCAGCUAGAAAAAGAGGCAGGCCUCCAUCUCUGCAUCUUCAGAAAUCUGGUUCCAGGCUUCCUCCUCCAGCAUCUUCAUCUCCACGUAGGCAGAGCUUGCGGCUUCAGAGAUCUCGUGGUCCAAGACCAAUGACACCAGAAGUAGCCAGGGACAAGAUGAGUCACAGAACCUGUCAGUAUUGUGGUGUGGUCAAGCCUACUCCAGCUGCUCUUUGCCGCCAUAUUAGAAAACAUACAGGGGAACGUCCUUUUGUCUGCCAAGUGUGUAACAAGCGCUACAAGGCUAAGCGCAGUUUGCAUCUGCAUCAGUUGUCGCAUCACCAGGAACUUUUUGAACAUGAUGCUGCCCUAGACCCCAGCAGCUUUGCAAGUGCUGCUGUCUCACCAAGUACAACUAAUCUACUUCGGGAAACCCUGGAAACACGAAGGCUGGCCCGUCUUACUGAAAGCCAUGAUCCUCACUCAGAGCUGAUUUUGGAUGUCAUGGCAUUAGAUUCAGAUAGUAGUCCACAGGAAAUGACAGCUUAUAAAAAUGGUUCUUUGCAAAGUAAGUGUAACCUUGUUAAUGGAGAAUCACAGACAUCAGCAGAUAUUGAAGGUAACAUGAAGACAGCUGAAGGGGAGGAUGCAGAAGAAGAAGAAAGCCUGGAAGAUCUAAGUAAACGGAGCUGUCCUUACUGUUUCAAGGUGUGUCCCAAACCAUCAGACCUCAAACGGCACUUGAUGGUUCAUACUGGCGAACGUCCCUUCAGAUGUCAGGUGUGUCACAAAUGUUUCAAGCAGAAAGGCAGCUUGCUUUACCACCAGAAAGCUGCUCAUGACCUCAAUGUUGAGCUUAGCCAAGGGCUGGAAGAGCGCUAUCUGCGUCUCAAAACACGCUCAGCCAUGCGUAGCCUGGCAGCAUUGGAUGGUCUAAAUCAUUCUGGAAUGGAUGGCUUUGUACCGUUCAGCCAUAGUAGCCAAGAUGGCUUAUUUGCAGCUGCUGACUGCUCAGGUGAGAGUCUUGAUGCAGAUAGUGGGGGAAAGCAUUUUCCCUAUCACUUUCCUGCCAGACAUCAUGCCAACAGUGUUGCUGGCUCGACAAUUUUAGAUAAAUAUCAAGACUUUUAUUUUCAAAAUUCAAAACUGAAAAAUGGCCUACUGGAGGAAGAAGCAGGCCAGGGAACUAAGAUAGUUGAAAUAGAGAUAUUAAAUACUAAGGAUGUGAAGCAACACAGACGUCAACGACUCCUAGUGACCAAGCAGACUCUGCUUAUGUCAAGACUGGAUGGAGUUUGUCUGAGCACUGGCCGUGAAGCAACUGUCUUCAAAUGCUGUAUAUGUGGCAAAGUGUUUGUGUCACUUGCUCAGACUCACUCCCACAUCUCAUCACACUUUGACCUUGCAGGGAUGACUUUUGACUGCCAUCUCUGUAGUGCAGUUUUUAUGUGCAAAUCAGAACUAACUGAGCACCUGCAAGUACAGCAUGGUGAUGAAGUGAAGGUCAAGGACAAUAACAAUGAUAGCAGUGGAUAUCAUCAUAACUAUUACUUCGAAGAAGAGAUUGCUCGUGAGUAUCAGAGGACCAGAAAACAUUUUGCAGGAUUUGAUGACCAUAACAAUAACAAUGACAAACUCAGGGACAAUGAAAGAGCAGCAGAACCCCAUGAAGAAGAUGGUGAUGAUGGGGACCUUCCUUUGUUUCAUUCUCCUGGCAUCAUGGUAGGAUCACAUGAAGAUAAGGGUGAGCUGGAUGACCACAUGCGGGCCUUUCCUUCCCACUGCUGCGUGGUCUGUCGGAAAGGAUUUACCAGCCAGUAUUUGCUGCAGCGUCACAUGCUUCUCCACUUCCAGCAGGCUGUCACUCAUGCAGGAUUUGCCACUGCAGUUAGUACAAAUGGGCUUCACCGGGAUCUUCUGACUGACAGACUGGAAGCUGUUUUGGGCUUAGGCGGCACAGAGAAAGGAGGAGGAGAGGAGGAUGGUAGUGGUGGUGGUCAGGAGGUGGCCAAGGAGCACGAGGAAGAAAAGAUUAUCAGUCAUGACCAGACUAUGGAAAGUGACACAGCAAAGAGAUCUCAGUCAUGCAGAGAUGAAUGUCCAGUGGAUUUAUUGGAGAAUGAGGAUAUUAGGGAUGAUGUCAUGGUAGUUAUACCUUCAGACCCAGAUGUAGAUAAUGUGGAGAUGUCAGAAUUCCCCGUUGUGGAUGACGAUUCUGAGUGUCCUGACCUUGCAAGUCAGGAGAGAGAGACAGAGAUCCGCAGUGCACCAAAGCGAUCACUCUUGCCUUAUAGAACAGCGGGGCCUGCGUCAAAGUCACGGCGCAAAUCUUCGCUGCCUACCCGCCUUGACUACAAAACCAGACCCAUGGCCACCAGCAGCUGUGGACCACCACCUGUUUCACCGCCAUCUUCUCCUCUGUCUUCCUCAGCUAGGUCACCACUUUUGUCAGCACAUGUACACAUGGGAGCUUCAGCCGAGGCCAUAGACUUUGUGCCAGAUGGACACCCGUCAUCAACACCCUCCCCUCAUUUGUCGUGUCCAUCGGAUGAAGACACGUGGCUUGGUAGAGAGCGAGGAAGUGGAAUCAAGGAAGACUCCCUGUUGGCCAAACAAACCAAGUAUGUUAAGUCUUUGCAUGCAUCCUACAGUCAUGCUGGUUUCCUUGGCAAUGGCUUCCCUUCCCCAUCCCCACUGACUGUGGAUGCUGGUCUUGUGGGUCCCUUUGCCAGUCCUUCAUUGCCAGGGCAACAGCCAGUAAGUGUGCAGGUGCCAACAGCUGCCUCCACUUCCCUCCUGGGCAUCUCUUCCCCUCCUUCUACCCAGACCUUGACCAACAGGGCAGAUGAGGAAGAACAAGCAGAGAAUUUGUCGCUCUCUUCGGGUAAUCGUAUAUCCCCUUCCAGUCCUCCUCUUUCUUCAUCACAUUCACCAGCCUCUGCCUUGCCCUCAUCUGAUGAGCAGGAAGGUCUAGUAGGGUACCCACGUGUGCUCUGGCUUCCAUCUGCAGGAUCCAAGUCCAACCACGGCAGCCCCUCCCCUCCCAACCUUUCCCUAACACAUCCCUCAAACAGCUCUGCCAGUGGGAAACGCAUGCAGCCUGUUUGGCACACGCUGUCCAGUGAUGAUCUCCGUAAUGCACCGAACACCGAUGGCCGCAAGGUCACUUCUUUAUCUCGCACACAUUCCAGGCUCUAUGUAGUGAACCAGCCAGUCGACAGAGAGCGUCUUUGCAAGCCAACCAUCUUGCCUGAUGGACGGACUGUGUUCCGCUGCAUAUUUUGCCGAAAGGAUUUCCUUUCAUACUCUGAUAUCAACAGGCACAUGGACUUCCAUGAAGACAUUCGACCCUACAAGUGCAACUUCUGCGAUUACUAUGCAAGGACCAACAGCCAGCUGAAGGUCCACAUGAUGAGACAUCAAGGCAUUCGGGAAUUCUGCUGCAAACUUUGCAACUAUAAAGGUGUGACACAAUCAGAUCUGAAUCGCCAUAUGAAAUCUCAGAUUCAUUUGCUCAAGUCUCGCAAUGAAUGCUGCCGUUGUGGUGAAGGUUUUGUGACCGCUAAAAAUCUGGAGAAACAUGUGACCAGCAUUUGUACAGGAAAACACAAAAUGGAUGUAGAGUACGAAGCCAUGUCAAGGGAGGUCACAUAAGGCGAAAAAGAAAAUUGCCAUUUCUAGUAUUUUUGAGGGGAAAGUGUAGGGCUGCUGAUGAGGAUGCCAUGGAUAUCAUGAUGUCAGGAUUCAGAGGAAGAAAAGUAAAUGAGAGUAAAUGCAGAAAGGGGCACGAGAAAGGUGAGAUAUUUGAGGCAGUAGAAGAUGGUUGUUAUGGCAGCAUUUAAAGAAAAUCUUGUUUUUGUUUUUUGUUUUUUUUGUUUUUUUUUUGUUUUGGUUUUUUGGCCUUGUGAAAGUAUAUUUGGUGAAGCAGUGAAAGAAGUGAUUUCUUGAGCAGAAUUACAUGGAUACUAAGGUAGCAUUAGGGCUGUUUUGCCAGUCUUAUGUCACCUUACGUUACCUGAACAUCAGGUAUCUUACUAUUUGACUGUUUAGGUGGAAGAUUUUUAAAAAAUAUUUAUGAGGAGCCACAACUCUUUGGGGAUCACAGGAUGUGAAGAUUUCAAUCUAGCUGUUUAGUAACACAUAUCAGUGUGCAGUGGAUCUGUUUCCUUGGAAGACCUUGGUUGAUGGCAAUGAUAAUACGCUGUACCCAGGGUAUUUACUGCCUAAUAAUUGUUGCUUUUGUGUCAGUGAGCAGUACCCAAAGGUUGCCUGUCAGCUAAAAUCAAUAGCUGGUGUGAGUAUGUCAGUAUGAUAUGGGGGGUUGAGUGAGAGAUUCUUAGGAGUGGACUCAGAAAAGGACACAGCGUUGAAAGUUGUUUAUUGUAGUCCUUUUCUUUUAUCUUGCUGACGAUGUUACACGUAUUAGAAUGCUGUAAAGGAAAAUUGCAUGCGAGAGAUCAUAUACCAUUUUUGUAUUUUAAAAUAUUUUUACUUUCCUCUUGCCUGAAAGGGCAUUUGCACCCAUGUGCAUGCAUAUGUGUAUAUGGAAUGUGUAAGUGGUUAGCGAUGUUCAAACUAUUUUCAGUGUACUUAAAGGGCAUGCUUAUUAUAUCUUGAGGCAAAUGAGAUGGGGCUACAAGAUCCUGAAAUCAGUUUUGCAGAUUUCAGAACCAAAGAAGUCUUUCACAGGAUUGUUAACUGAAUCCACAAGAAAAAUAAAAAAAUACAGAAGUUGUGAUGAGUGUGGACCAGCGUGAAGGAGUUUAGCCUGCGGGAGUUUACAGAUCAUUUUGAAUAGUAAAGAGGGAUCAAUGAUUAGAAGAACGGAGAUGCAUAUUCUUCAGAUUGUUUUCUGAUUUAAAGCAGCUUGGAAAUAAAACACUUACAAUCUGGACUUUAAUGAACAUAUAAACUAAUGAUACAAAUUUUCAUUUAUGAUUGGUUUCUUUAAUACAGUGUAGGGCUAUUAAAUCGUGGUCAAGUAAUCUGCAAAUUAAGCCGUGCAAAAUGUUUGAAUCCCAAUUUUUUGACACUAGGGAUCAUACGGACCUGGAAUGGCCUCUCAAACACUCGAGACAGGUGUUGACAGCUGUCAUUUUGGCUUUUCGAAUGUCCGUGAUUGACAUGCUAUGCACUAUCAUGGAUUAAAUACUUAAAUGCUGGCUUACAACUUCAAAGAGGUAUUUAUAGAAGAUUAGUCUUUUAUUUUUCAAUAAACAUUAAAAUAACUUAAAAUGAAAUUCAAAUAUUAAUCUGUUUUAUCCGUCAGCAUUAUGGAGGCCACCAUUGUAACUGAUUCAUACCUUACGAUGCUACAAAGUUAAGAGAUACAAUUUUGAUCAAAAAAUUAAUUUUUUUCAUUAUUGUAAUUUAUGAAUUAGCAAAAAAAUAUUUAAGCCGCAGUUAAGCAGUUUUGACCCCAAUCACUGCAGCUUAAUGGCCCUACACUAUGCAUUUUGGGUUGCCUUCUCAUCAGAAUUCAAAUUUGGGGGCUACACUUGUAGCAUAUCAAACAAGUGUGUCUUCUUAUGUUUUAAUUUAAAGAAACUAAUAUUCAGAAAACUAACCACCUCAUAGUUUUUGUAUGUAUAUUCUUACAGGAAUAACAAAUGUUAAAAGUUAGUGGACUCUUAUCUGAUUAUAUUUUGAAUGUUAUUUUUUUCCUUUUUUUUUUUUUUUUUUUUACAUGGAUAUUCAUGUGUUUUGAAGUGUAAAUUGGGUUCUAAAUGGUUACAUACAUAGCUAAAGCUACAUUUAAACAUAAGACUCCUCCUAGUACCUGGGCAGUUUGGUGGCAUAACGAUUAGCACCUGUCACCAAUACGGUGAAUGUUGGCUGUCUGGGGUUCAGCUCUUGUUGUGGGCAUGCUGGCUGUUUUCUGCAUGUGGCAUCUGUUUACAGGGCUGGCUGCCUUAUGGUGAUGUAGCCUUAGUUACUGGCUCAGUGUAAAACACCAAUCUUCCUCUCUCCUAAUGCCUGUAGUGUAUUCCUUGGGCCACUCACAUGUAACUGUCAGAUACUUCUUGUUACCAAGAUUGUGCAUGAUGUAAGGUAGAAUGUUUAUUUUAGGUUUUGUGAAUCGCUUUGCUAUUGGCCAGUUGGCUGAGAGUUUAAUAUUUUUUCAGGGAUAUGUGUGCUUUGUUUGUCCAAAAGAAGUAAUCUUUCUAACCCUUUUCUUUUGAGACAUACUUGUGGACUCGUGGGAGAGAGUAUAAUCUUUGUAAUUUGCUAACAAUUUGAAAUAGUAAAAAGCAAACAUGUUUUUCGCAAUACCUGUGAUUUUAAAUGGAAGAGAAAUUUAAAAGAAAGCAUUUCAGGAAAGAUUGAAAGUGAAAAAUGGGGAAGUGGAUUGCUGAAGGGUUAGAACAAAGGUCUGUUUAUUCUAUGUCCAUAUGGCACAGGAAAUUCCCCAGUCAACCCAGCUAUUGGCAAUGACCACAAAAGUCUGUUGAGUGAUGAGAUCGUCACCACCAUCUCAAAAAUCGGUCCCCCCUCUCCCAAACCCUCCAAAAAAAAAAAAAAUGAAGUCUCUAACAUCUCAUGCGGCCCUAUGCUCCUUGAGGAGUAACAAGGAAUAAACUAAAUAUCUCACUCCUUAAACAACCUAAAAAUAGGAAGACAUUACCUUUUUAAAAUGAAAACUAGAUUUUAAGACCACCACCACUCUGUUCUUUUUAUUUGUUGCCAUUGUGGAACUGUUUUGUAGUCUCCUUUGUUCUCCCCUUCUCCCUUAGAAAGCAUGUUCCAAAGAUGAGUAAUGUAAAGAAAUAUAUUGAUCUUUGUCAAUGAAUUUUUUAAAAUAUUCUAAGAGCUAAUUAACUAUCAAAGUUGUUUAUUGUGAAAGUGCUAGUACUUAAUUAUAUAAUAUUUUUUUUUAGCAACUAAAUAUGUGCUUGGUCAUUUGGCUUGUACAAAAGUACGUUUUAGUCAGCAGUAUGCAUAGUAAUAGAUUUACUUUUGUCAAAAGAAGCGGUCUCUAUAAUUUCUUUUUUGAAGACUUCUUUUGCAAACAAAAGUGUACAUUACAAGGAAAAAGUGUACAUUACCAGAAAAUCACUGCAGAUGCUGCCAUAAAAUUGACUUAGCAAUAAUACCACACUUUGUAUACAGACUACUUUUACAAGCAUAUGUGUUUCAGGUAUAGUCCUUGGCAAAAUAAAUCAAAAUAUUGGCUUUCAGCUGAUUUACCUAGUGUAAAUGGUCAUGUAAAUCACUGCCUACUGCCCAUUUAAAAGGCUAUGUGUCAUAUUUUUUAUAAAGAUUAUAACACUGGCACAUUUUUCUGUCAGUGAUGUUUGUAAAAUGUGUAUAAAUAACUUAGUGACAGAAACUUACUACAUUUUAAAAAGCUGUGCUUUGCUGUUUUGCAGCAACAUAACAUUCAGGCUAGAAUAUCAUUAAUCGUGAUGCUAAUGAUUUUUUUUUUUUUAAGGCGCAGAGAGAUGCAGAUUUUUGCUUCACUGAAUUAGUAGCUGCAUCACCCAGAGGGGCACACUGGGGGUUGGUUGGGGGUUUGGAAAGAAAACUUGUAUAUUGUAAAGCUUCAUUAAGUUUUUGAGAACUUUUAUGUAUGAAAUGAUUGUUGUGCAUGUUGAUGUCCACACCGAACUGGUAUUAUUUUGAUAAUUUCAUACCGGACUCAUUGUGAAGCUAGUAAUAGUAGUGGUUGUCACAAAAUCUCUUUCAGCAUCAUCAUCUGUGCUACUUUAACCACCAAUUAUAUUACUUCACAUUUUAUGGUAAUUGUUAGCCUGCAUUACUUUUUGUACAACGAACAAAUUUGUUCUUUCGAGCAUGUCUGUAGCAAAUGAAUUGGUGACUGAAUUGUGCUUUGAAAAAUAUUCUAGACUUGUAUGCCCAUUGUUUAUUUUUUGCAAUGAACAUUCUGCUAGCCCAGGGUUUCAUUGUAUUUUGUUGGUUUCUUUCACAUUUCCACACAGAUUAUCUUUAUACUGUUCUGGUGAAGACACAGGCAUACACACUCAAAACACAUGGUCAAUUGCAUGCACAUACACAGAGGCUCAUAUUUUGUAGAAAUGGCUUCAUUAGUUUGAAAAUGAAAAUGUAACUACUAGCAUGUUAGUCUUUAGAUACAGUAUUUUCUUUUCAGUUUUAAUUAGUAACCACAUUAACAUAUAUAUUUCUUAGUGGGCCAUAUGUCAUUCACAGGACUUUUUUUUUUUUCUUUUACCUGUGAUUAUUAUCAUUAUUAACUACCUCUGAAAACUUGUGUGCAAAAAAUAGAGAUUUAGUAUUACUGAUUCAUAUUAUUUUGGAUGAAAACUGCGUGUUAAAUGCCGAAGAAGUGGCAGUGUCACAGAACUGGGAAUAUGAAGAUUUGAACUAUGUAAAUCUCUUUAAGUAUGUGUGGAAAGAUUGUCAAUAUUCUCAGAGAAAUGAAAGUUAUGUUCACUUUCAGAACCAAGGACUAACUGUGGAGCUAUAAAGCUUCAAACACAGCAGGGGGCAGUGACAAGGAUUGUAUAUAUGAAAGCAACAGGCAUUUUUCCUGCUGCCAUGUCAACUUAAUCUUUUUGGGUUUGCUGCUGUAUGCUGGGUGGGAAGAUCACAGCACAGCCUUUUACUCUUGUUGUGUUAGGAUGCAGAAAUCAAGUUGCAGACCUGACCUCACUUAAGGUGCAUGCUUUUCAGUGUACGAAUUCCUUUCUACAUAGUAGUGUGGUGCAUCAGCUUUGCUCAUUUUAAGUGUGAGAUGAAGCCUCCUCAUCCCUGCUUUCUCAGGGAGCUUGGGCUCAGGGAAAGGCCAUGUCGGUUUGUUGGUGUCCAGAGCUGUCUGGGAUUGUUGUUCCAGGUGAAGCUGGCUGAGGUUUGAUUGCGUGGUGUUGCACGCUUAUUUCUGUUUCUACAACAGAGCAGGGAGCAGGUCAAGGGCUGUUGUGUACCUAGACAUGCUUGGGCAAACUGAUGAACUCCAGAAAUGUAAAUACAUGUGUGGAAGAGAUUUCUAUCUUCGGGCCCCUAUUCUCCAAAAGCAGGGAACCGUCACUUAUCAACUCUUGCUAGCAUCGUCGCCUUGCUGGCUGCAUGUACAGGAAAGAACUGUGAAGUCCCCCAUUUGUGAUAUUUGUUGCUAGUGGUUGACUGUGAUUUGAAUGUUGUUGCAUGUGAGAGAUGAGGUGUGGUUCAAAUAUUAUUGCAUGUAACAGCGGGGUGUGGUUUGAAUGUUAUUGCAUGUGAGAGAGGGGUGUGGCAUCAUUUUUGAGACCAUGGGUAUUGUGAUCUUUAUCGAUAGCAUUUCGAGACCAGUGAUUCAAACGCAGUCGUUGUAGACUUUUUAAGAACUACUUGUCAGUAUUUGAGAGAUUUCUGUGAGCUGUACUUAACCGCUUAACCGCUUAGAUUUUUUCCCGCCCGAUAUGCCAGGUUGCUGUGUGUGCAGUCUUUCCUGUUCAGCCUUUCCUGCCCUCCCACUUAUUUGCAGUUCACCUGGCCUCUAUAGGUCUCUGCCAUGAAGAGCGCCAACAUUAAGUAAAGCGUCGGACUUGUAUUAUCUGUGUCGGGCUUAGUCAGGUAGAGGUCAACAACUUUAUACUUUAUUCUUUUAUCACGUGAUCGCGUGUCAGUUAUUGCUACAGAUGUGUAGGGUGCAUUUCCUCUCUUUAGAUGUCUUUCGAGCAUCAGCAUUGCAGGAGGAGAAAAGGGUGGCUGAGAUGAGUGUAGUAUAGUGACCCAUGUCUUGAACGCCACAUCUUGCCACUAAGAUUUGCUGUAGAUGCUAUUGGCUUUUCUUCAGUUUCAGACCAUAACUUUUCUCAAAGACAUGUAGCCGCGCAUGAAAUCUGGCUUUAAGAGUGAGCUCUACAGGGCUUCUGCUAAGGCUAAAUUCUUUGGGGUCCCAGGGACCCCUUCAGAUUUUUAAGGGGCCCCUGUUCCUCGCCCAAAUUUGAAUGGGACCCCAUUGACGAAAACUGAAGGGGUCCUCCGAACUUUUAAUGUGUACUGUACGUAAUUUUUUGCGUAAGCAGAAGUCCUGCUCUAGAAGUCUUAUUGGAAAUCGUCUCAAGCUACGUAUUGUCUGGAAUCACGAUUUAAGCUGGGGUUGCUGGAAUCAGCAUUAAAGUAUUGUCUGAAGAAAGGAAUUGUUAGCUACAAGCACCGGGUGUUUAUUUGUGAAGACCCUUUUCGCUUCGCACCAAAGGUCAACAAUCGCUGAAGUCUUGAGCAAUUUUGCUUCUCCGUGAUUUUGCGACGUCUUAAAAUGUAUUCCUUGUUUCCUCUGAGGCUAAUUACUGUGAUUUUAUUUUUGAAACCAUGGUGAAAGUAGAUGUGACCAACGUCAUGGAAACGCGAGGGACUGCAAGUUGCAUUUGCUCGUCGGCUCCGUGUGAUCGCUUCUCACCUCUAGCUUUGAGUCGUCGUUGUCCUGGCAAGACAGGUUUCUUCUUGAGCCACGUAGCCUGUUCACCUAACCUCUCUUGAUGGGACAACUGCUUUUUGUCAUUUGGAUAGGGCUGUUUUCCCCCUUUCUUGUAUCAUCUAAGUUAUGAAUCAUGAUGGAAGAAAUGUGGCAGUGUACGAUUCCCUUAGCUGUACUGGCAGUGACAAUACGUCAGACGUUUUGUUUUUGAACAUUUUGCUUGGCGCGGGACGGGCAGAUCCUGCGGCCGUUGUGUUAGCUAUUCUGUUACACAACAAGGGCUGUUGUGGCAUUUUAAAACUGUGCUUGUUUAAACAUUUUUUAACAGUGAACAGCUGGAACUACUGAGGGCAGUCCGGUAUGAUCGCGUUUUAUUGGUUGUGUAAAAAGGCAUCUCUGUGGCAGAACUUUUGUAAAUAAUUGCUGAUCAGUAGUUCCCAUAAAUUGUCGCGAGCACCACAUGAUACCUGUAAUCCACGAACUGCAUCGGGCAGACUGCUACACAGUAACCAUUCCUGUCGUAGUGAUAGAAGACGUAAUGGUGAUAUUCAAGAGGCAUGUCGAUUUUCUGUGUUACGUUUUACUAUUACAAUAUUUUGCUGAUGUAGUGGUUUUAUUUCAAUUUACCAAAGUUUAUUGUGUUUAAAAAAAAAUGAAGAUUUAUCAUCGGAUGUUAAAGUGAUAAUGAAGGCAAGUGCGUUCUGAUAAAAAAAAAUUUGGCAAAUCAGUAUUGUGACAAUUGUUAUUAGCAAGUCUUACAACAAAACUUUUUCAAAUCUCUCCAUCUGCUAGCCGCUGAACCGUACGGCAAAGAAACAAACAAAAAAGGGGAAAAAAAAGCGAAACCUGGCAAGACUGUGUUACACCCGUUUAACAAAUGAGUAACGGGUAAGGAGACGUAAAUUUUAACAUUUUGACGUUAACAGAGGGAACAAGGGGGAGAGGUCAAUAGUCGUUCACUUCGAACCCGCGUUUCUUCGGAGGAGAGAGUAGGGCGAGUGACGUUAUGGACAUUGAGAUUUGUGACGUCGCAGGUUAGUGUGACACGGCCAUGUCGGCCCCCAACCGGUUUCCAGUCUUGUCAGGACGUGGCGCCCCUCCUUCCUCGGCGUUGUAUAGUUGCGAGGCUGUCGGACAUCAUUGUCGAGUCUGUCAUCCACAUGCAAGCCAAGUCUCAUGACCUCUUGGGUAUCGUGAAAGAAGCAUCACUGAGAGAGGAGGUCGAUUUGGCCGGCCGGUAAGUGAGAUAAAAGAUAAGUUACGGACGUGAAUUCUUCAGUCUCCAUGUACCGACGGCACUGGGUCUGUGCUGCGCCUGCCGUCGGCGAGCUUGGCCGCGGGUGGAAGUCUCGUUGUUUAGGUGGCCAUUCCAUUCCAUGAGUACUUGGUGCUCUUUGAUCGAGCAGGUAAUGUGUCGUAUGCUAGAGGACAGCCAGAGGCUUGUCUCUCGCCUUGUCCUAUUCCCCCUCAUUAUUUGAAUUUUUUUUUAUUGUUUUGUUUUCCGUCUGCAUUCGUACUUCUAUUUAGAGAAAAUAUUUUUAUCGUCGCGUCUGCUCGUUUCAGUUAAAAACUGUACCAUGCUUUUGAACGUGCAUUAAGAACCACUCUUAUUUUAGAAGUGCUUGUUAAAAACAAAUGUUGACUUUUUUUGUUGUUGUUUUCCAAUGUACCAAGAUUAUUUUGUACUCGGCAAAACUUGUUAUCCCACUCCCACCUUCCAUGUAAAACGGCCAGUGUUGGUGUGGCCGCUAAGCGCUGUAUUUUGUACAAAGUACUACCUCUGGUACUGUCACACCGUCUUACCCGCAGUACUGAAACUUUAGAUCCAGUAAAGCAGUAAACCUGA